UCUCCCGACCGACAGAACCUGAGAAACCGCGAGUAAAAGUUGGGUCCGACUUUCAAAGUGCACCGUGGCCAAAUUUUGUGUAGAUAAUUAUGGGGAUAACACGCAACGGCGUUGGCAGACAUCGCGGAUGCAUUAUUCUGGUGGCUUUUGUGGCAUUGGCGUUUUCGUCAACCUAUGUUGAACAAGUAACAAGCUUGCCGGUUGAUGCAUCCAGUCAGUGGCCGACAUUUCCACGAAGAAAUAUAGCUGCCUUAGCCAGAGAUGGGUACUUGAAGAACGGUUCCCCUGGCUUCAAGAGAAGCAUUUCAACAUUGGCUAAAAAUGGUCAGCUGCCUACUUAUCGCUCGCCGUAUGAUGAAACCGACAGGCAAGAACAAGAUGACGAGGAAUCCCAUGAGAAACGCAAUAUGGCUUCUAUUGCCAGACUUCGAAGUUACGCAGCCAUGAAGAGGAACAUUCAAGCGCUGGCCCGGGACGGGUACCGCGUCGGCCGGGGCCAAUACAAUCAGCCGAAUGACAAACGCAAUAUUGCUGCGCUGGCUCGUAACGGGUUAAUCCACAAAAAGGCCGAAAGUAACGGGGAUGAAUACUAUUACCCUUUUUACCAGAAUCCGAUUCCUCCUCUCUCCGAAAUGGACGGGCCGUUCGAUUUGAAUGAAAUGUACGAUCUCCAACAGUCGAUUAAUCCGGAUAUGUUCCCUCCUCUCUCUCGGGUUUAUAAGCGCGAUGUGUAUGGAGGACAAGCGUUGAACGAUUUCGACGAAAAACAAUUGGAAAUGGAUGACAAUUGGUACUACAAAAGGGGGUCUUUGGGUUUGCCUGUGCAUGGACUUUUCAGGCCGAUUUACACAGACCCUACUGCCCGAACCAAGAGAUACAUACUUUCUCUUCCAGACGUGAUCGACAAUAAUGAAAUUCACGUACCGGAAAAUGAUGACGGGUCCGAUGACAAGCGUUCCGUAGAUGAAGAUAUGGAAGUGCGUGAUAAUUUUGAGAAACGUCAUAUUGGUUCAUUGGCUCGAUUAGGUUUACUUCCAUCAUUUAGGUUUUCGGGCGGACGCUAUAGUAGGUCUGGACGAGCCAGGCUGUUAUUGCCUAGCCAAGAAAUGUACAGGAAGCAUUCCUCUGACGAGAAUUUCGGAAUUAGGGAAUAUCUCACUAGUGCCGAAGCUGACGCAGCAAUCGAUUCAGACGACUCCGACCUACCGCCGCCGGCAGUACCUGCUUACUCGCACCCGACCGGCCGGCUCCUCCACCGACCACUGAACAACGAUCUCCCGAUAAACACCAGACCCCUCGCACCUCCACCCAUUCCAAAUCUACUCGAUUCGUUCUCAAAAAACAGCUGGCACUCCAAAGAUAGUCCCCGAUUCUACCACUUCAGGUCCCUAAAGAUUCCGUAUCAUACGUCUGAUAAGCGGUACCUGCUACUCCCGGCAGUUGACAACUUCCUUCUGCGGAAGGCCUACCGUAACAGCAGCCUGCCUGGACGCCGUAAGAACCAGUAGCUAUGCCAGUGCCAGAGCAACCCUCGGUUACUCGGCAGCGGCUUCAAAUCUCUAUGAACUCUAAAUUUAAUCUCGGUCCCUAUUUUGUGUUUUACGCCAACUCUUCUACCAUUGGGAACACGGACUCAGAACUGGACUAUGUAGACAAUAAUUAUAAGCGAAAAAUAUAUUCAUUCAACAUCAAUGGUAUUACGUUGUGAUUAAAAAAUUACAUUCAUCAUUAGAGUAUAAGUUUAGAAUAUAUUUUAAGGGAUCUCAUUACAUAAACGACUUGGCCAGCCUUUAACAGAUAUCGUAUACUAAUUUAAAGUGUUGUAGAUACAAUUUUAAGGUGUCAAUCGCAAAUAUUAAUACCACGUACUAGAAAUUACGUAUUUAGGUAGGUUUUGUGUAGUUUAUAAUACUUUUUGAUGAUAUCUAUUUACCUACAUACUAAUAUCAUGAAAUACUUUAAUAUUAUCUUUGAAAUUCUUAAAGUCUCUCUAUUGGAUAGUAGUGGGUAAUUAUCCUGGCUUCCAGAAUUAUACUGAAAUUUAAUGUGAUACGUAGAAAAUGAUAUACCUAAGUUUACUU